AUGAACGGCAUAUCAAAGGUCGAUGAAGCGCCAGGGCUAUGGAUAACAGGCAUCGGGGCCCAGUAUCCUCCCUAUCUUCUGGGCCCAGAGAGACUGGCCGAAUUUGCCCAGCGCUACCAUGAUAUCGAGAAGCCAGGGCUGAAGAAACUGCUGGAGAUCAACCGUGGCAGCGGCAUCGACACACGCUCGGCCAUCCAGAGCUAUGAAAAGGGCUUUGGAUGCCAGGCUGAGCCUCCGUCUAUCAAAGAGCUCGACGGCUUCUACCGCGAGAACGGCGUCAACCUCGCCGUCCAGGCAUGUCGCAAGGCGCUUGGUGAAUGGGCUGGCAGGCCAUCCGACAUCACCCACACCAUCGCCGUGACCUGCACCAACCAGGGGAACCCAGGGUACGACCUGCUGGUCAACCGCAAGCUGGACCUGCCCCUGAACACGGAGCGUAUCCUCCUCCACGGCGUUGGCUGCGCGGGAGGAUUGGCCAUCAUGCGGACGGCAGCCCAGAUAGCGAGCGGCGCAGCGGCGAGAGGGAAGCCUGCUCGCAUCCUGGCCUUUGCCUGCGAGCUGUGUACGCCCAAUGUGAGGCACGACCUGGCCGAAGCUGAGGACUGUACGGACCCGGACAACCUGAACAUCGCUGGCGUUCUCUUCUCAGACGCGGCGGCAGCCUUCGUCCUCUGCAACGAGUACGGCCUCAGCAGCAGCAGCAAUGAAAAGGAACCGCUCUUCCAGCUGCUUGAAUGGGGGAAUACGACCAUCCCAGACUCCGUCCAGCAUAUGGGAUUCUUCGCUGAGAUGGGCGGUUUUCGCACGAUCCUUACUCGCGAUGUGCCUACGUACACGAAAAGAGCCAUCCGCCCGCUGUUCGACCAGCUUCUACCGUCUUACUGCGAUAAGGUCGAAGCGGCAAAGCUGGAUGUCGCAGACUUCGACUGGGCCUUGCAUCCCGGCGGCGAAGCCAUCAUCAUCGGCGCCAAAGACGAGCUCGGGUUGACUGAGGACCAGCUCAGGGCGACCAAGCAGAUAUACAAGACGCGAGGAAACUCUUCGAGCCCGACGGUCCUGGCCGUUCUGGAUCUGCUACGGACGAUGGGACGAGGCAAGGAUCAUGUUGUUGCAACGUCUUUUGGGCCUGGUUUGGUCUGCGAGAUGGCGCUCUUGAAGCGUCUGCGCGAGUCUGGCAUCGACAGCGAUGAUGAUCAGGACUAUUGA